AUGGCAGCGGAGUCCGAGAGGUCGCCUUACUCCAAUGGUCAUUCUGUUGGAUCCAAAAUGGCCCUUAACGAUGAGGUUGCCUCGCCUGCAUCCCGGCGAUCUGCUAAUGACAGUGACAUGAGAGAGUUGCCACGUUCGACCGUCAACCCCCAGAUACAAGCCACCAUCUCAUCUCAGUUGCCUAAAUUAUCCCCUGGCGUUUCCACGCCCGCUUCAACCACAAAUUCGACUUUCUCAUCCCGCGAAUCCUCCCCCGUUCGCUCCACACGUCGCCCACAGAGCUCAACCUCAAAAUCCCGUGUCUCCUCGCGUUCACGUAAAGGCAGCCUAAAUCAAAGUCCAGCUCGGUCCGUCCCAGCUCAAGACCCUGGCCCGGGCGCUCCUCCCUCUGAGGCUGCUAUACAAAAGGCGCUUUCUAAGCCCCUUGCCCUUAAUCCUUCUCCCAAUGUCGAACCGCCUGCCGAUGUUCUCGAUCCUGAAAACCCCAACAUGUCUUUAUGGACCGCCUCCCGGCGAUCAGAGCAAGAAAUAUAUCUUGCCAAUACCUCGAGCAAGCGAUCAAUGGCCCUACCUGAUGAUCCGGCUGCCAAACCAGAUCGAAGUGCACCUCGCGCCGUGAACCGAAAUGGGUCCGUCUCCGCACUUGAAACCGUUCAGGAAAUGGCUAGUGACCAAUCAACUCCGUCAACGGACACUAUAUUAAAUCAACCUCCCUCGGAUGAGUCCCGACUACAAAGAAUUGAUGAAGACCCCACCCCGAAGGCCGCCAAGCAGACUGUUGAGAGUGGCAGCGAGAGUGGGGGGAACAAAAGCUCGGAGCCUAUGGGAGAGAACCGCCGGCGUACAUCAUCUGGACCUAAAGGGCCUGAUACUAUCAUUCCAAAACGGUCGACUACCUCUCUGAGUGGCGCUCGUAGCAAACCGGCGGAUGGAUCUGUUCGCAACAUGAUCGUCGAGACCGAAACUGUCAGCUCCAUCCCCCAAGUCUCCUUGGGCGUGGUGACGGGGGACCGAGGUAGUUCGAGCCGUGUCGAUCCGGGUACUCUCCGAAUGAAGCUCAGCACUGAAACAAUUCGCCCCAAGAAGGAAAAAAGAAGGGCUCGCAAACCGGCCGCUCUAACGAGUGGGGCAGCGUCAUCCAAAGCCGACAUUUUUGAAGCGAAAGUCGCCAGCGCUGUCGAUGAAGCCGAUGUGUCUGACUCAGAUGAAACGUUUGUUUACGAGUCCAACCCUCCGGAUCCAUACCCUGCCCGGCAGAAUCGGUAUCAUUCUCGUACCCCUAGCGCAACGUCUAUGGCGAGUCAAGUCGACCAGCUGGCGGGUCGGAGUCGUCCAGGUAUGAGAGAAGGGAACCACAGCGUUACCGGGAAACGGAGCAUGAAAUUCACCAACAAUGUUUACGCGGAUGGAGAUGCUGGCGAGGAAAGCGGCCGCAGUCACUCCAGAAUUGAUGGCAGUGGAGCUCAUACCUCUCGUCACCACCAUAUUGGACGAUUUGGACGGAACAAUAUACAUCCGUCUCUCUUUGAUAGCGAUUCACCGUUUCCUCAAUCCCACACCCACAACAAAUCCCCUCGCCACUAUAUGGGAAGCGGCUUGCGACAGCCGAGGCAUGCCAACUCCCGCACAGCUCUCAACCAUCGUUCAAUCAACAGCGCCAAAAAGGCAGGAGAGAUUUACGGCUACGAUUUCGACGCCGAAGGUGCCGAUGAUGAACGGACCCCCUUGAUAGGGUCUCCCCGCUUAGCGCGGAGCCGUCAUGGUAACCGACGACCCAACAGUACCAGUCUGCGUCAGAUGGAAUACAUGCAGCAACGUCGACGAAACUGUUUCUCGCGGUACGGCGCAUGUGUCAUUAUCAGUCUCUUACUUUUGGUGGUAAUCGGAGGCGCUACCUCGUUUAUUGUUGCUGUUACCAAGUCGCUUCUCGACGUUCAGAUCCUCGCCAUUCAAAACGUGCUCGCAUCUGAGCAGGAAAUCAUGCUUGACCUCAGUGUGCAAGCGGCUAACCCAAAUCUUUUCCCUGUGGUUGUCGACGACGUGGACAUUAACAUCUUUGCCAAAAGUCGUUAUGUGGGCACGGACAAAUUGUGGCGUGAUCACGUCUCGGAGUCGACUCAUUUUCCUCGGGUUGAAGGUAGUAGGAAGCGAGCUGAGCUGACUCGCCUGGCACGCUGUACAGGUGGUACAGCAGAUUGUUUGACUAAUGAACUUCCUUCCAAUCAAUCAGUGUCCAUCCGCGAUGAUGUUGACAAGGGAACCGAUCCCAUCCCAACAGAUCCAGCAGGGGAUCCCCAAACAAUGCUGUUGGGCCGUGUAUUCCACUUUGACUCUCCUUUGACCUUCGAGCCUUCUCCCUGGAACCAUCUAAUAUCCGUCUCGAAAGGGCAGAUUCGCCUCGCCCGGCCAGGGAAUAAGACGGAAGAAGGCGGCACGGAACGGUGGGAGCGCGUUCUACAGCAUCAGUUCGAUUUGAUUGUGCGCGGGGUCGUCAAGUACCAGCUUCCUUUGACUUCGAAACUUCAUUCGGCAUCUGUCAGCUCUACUGUCAAAGUAACACCGGAUGGCGAUGGCGAUGGCGAUGAUGAUAACUCGGGGGAUGGUGAUCCGAACCGAACUCCUGGCAGGAACGAAACAGCUAGGAUUUCUUUGACGAGACUCUAUCGCCGCAAAAUCUCAGCCCCUGAUCAAUCGGUUGUCGGACGCUCAAGAAUAGAAUCUGCACGAGAAACGCUUAGAAGGGGCGGACGAGCCUUCGCAGCUUGA